AUGGCGCAUAAACGGUCGCAUUUCAUUGCGUUAUUCUUCUCAAUGUUCGCCCUGGUCCUAUUGAUCUUUGCAAACCUGGGCAUCACGGUGGACAAUUCGCCGAUCUUACAAAAAGUCUACAUUGCCCAAGGGAGCCAGACUAAGACAGAUCAAUCUAUACGAUACGGAUUCUAUAGCUCAUGCAUCUUCAAAAACGAUUCUACUGUCGAUUCCUGCACGCCAAAGACAAUGAUGUAUACCCUUGAUAUCGAUCAGCUUGCCGCGGUCAACAAUAUAGAUCUAAGCGUGAAUGCUAAAAUCAAACAAGUAGUGGAAGAUUACGCAGGCGGAACACUGAAGGUACAAAAAAUCAUGGUUAUGAUUCUUCCUUCAGCAAUUCUAUCUUUUACUGGCAUGGUUGUUGGUAUGAUGAUGCGAAGAAUGCGAAAAAACAAUGUUCUGCCAACAAUUGGCGCAUUGGCUAGUCUUGCUGGCGCUGUGUGUGGCGGUGUAGCUGUUGGAAUUGGUGUUGUGCUUUACCGGACUGUCUUCGAAGAGUUGGCACGAUCUGUCGAUGGCAUCAUGUACUACUACGGUCCCGCUAUCUAUAUUGUUGGUGCUGCAUGUGGUUGUCAAGUAAUCGCGUUUGGCUUUUUCAUCGCAAGCUGUUUUGCUAGAAGAAGCGCUCGGGAGCAUAACCAUUCAUACGAAUACUAUGAACGUCAUUCGUAUUCGUCGGAUACACCAAACAUGCAUCAGCACCGCUAUUAA